UUUCCUUCUUGCUCCGUAUUUUGGAUCUUAGGCUUGUCUAGUUUGCAUAAUUGCAUGUUUGAGGAUGCCAUUCAGCUUUAUAUUGUAUACCAUGGCAAUUUGGUUUGUUUGUGUUAGUGUUGUAUUUAUGACUUUAGAUGAAUGGAAGCAAUUAGCUUUUUUAGAGUGAUAGACAGUGCAUAUAAUUCUUUGGCUAUUUGGGAAACAUAGGGUAGAAGAGAAGUAGGUACGAGGAAGCAGUAACCUUUGAGUGAUAAGUUACAGGAGCGGCAUCCAGAUUUCGGUGGGGAAGUAUAUUAAUGCUAGUGCAACUAGUCCAGAAAAAAAGACAGGACGGUAAUCCUCAUUUUGAAGAGAAAUUCUGGAUUCCACAAAGAAAAAGCACCUGAUAGAAUUACACAAGCGGUAGAAAGCAGAGGAUGGAGUAGAAGUUACUUGUUACACUUUUAUGAGGCCCGCCAACUUUAGCUUCGGAAGAUAGAUAUUUCCUUGGGUUCCAACAUGUUCUUCUAAUUAAUUUCUCAACAGUGACCCUUGUCCUGUUUUACUUUCCCUGCCUAUCAACUUUCCUUUGUACUCUGCCCUCAUUCUUGGAUAUUCUAAUUCCAUUUCCUCAUCUUGUACAGGGGAGCUUCUGGUUCUUCUGAGGUAAAUAUUAAGCUCCCCUGAAGAGAGCUGCCCUAUGGAAGGCUAGUCAUUAUUGGCAUUGUUGGCUUGUUUCCAACCAGUUGUUCUCCAGCAACAGACAUGCUUCUAUAGAUUUGCCAUUCUGUGAAAGUUGAAAAAUGGCCUUUUACUCUGAGGAUGACAAAGCAGAAGAUUACCUUUUCAAGAUUGUUUUAAUUGGCGACUCAGCUGUUGGGAAAUCAAAUUUGCUUGCAAGAUUUGCUAGAGAUGAAUUCUACCCCAAUUCAAAGUCUACAAUAGGGGUAGAGUUCCAAACCCAAAAGAUGGAUAUUAACGGAAAGGAAAUUAAAGCACAGAUCUGGGACACAGCAGGUCAGGAGCGAUUUCGGGCUGUAACAUCUGCAUACUACAGAGGUGCAGUUGGAGCUCUUCUCGUUUAUGACAUCAGUAGGCGCCAAACAUUUGAUAGCGUUGGCAGAUGGCUUAACGAACUUCACACUCACUCUGACAUGAAUGUAGUAACAAUACUUGUCGGGAAUAAGUCCGAUCUCAAGGAUGCCAGAGAGGUACCAACAGUGGAAGGCAAGGACUUGGCUGAAGCACAGGGUUUGUUCUUCAUGGAAACUUCAGCACUCGAUUCCUCCAACGUUGCUGCUGCCUUUCAGACAGUUGUUAAAGAGAUCUACAAUAUAUUAAGCCGGAAAGUUAUAUUAUCACAAGAACUCAAUAAACCAGGUGCUCCUGAGCUGGGAAACGGAAAGACCGUGGUUUUACAGGGAGAUGGGAAUCAAGAAGGCAAUGCAGAAACUAAAAAAGGGUGUUGUUCAUCUUAGUAACCACUGCAGCGUAAUUACUUAUUUUUGCCCGUUUCUUUCUCUUUAGCCCGAAUUUGCCACUCAUAUUACAUCCCUACUUCUCCAUUUGUUUAGUUUCUUGAUUUUGUUCGAUGUAAUAGAAUUCUUCUACUUGUUCACCUAAGUUAAUGAUGGUUGAAGAUGAUAAAUUGGAGUAGCAAAUGUAAAUGAUCUCGUGGGGUUUAAAAAGAAUUAUAUCACACAAUGUUCACACCCUUGGUGCAA